AUGCCUAGCAUUCCGUUGGUGACCGAGCUCGGGGCGAGGGCGGGUGAGUUUCAGCACAUCUUGAACAUGUCCAAAAUUCCAGCCCAAGUGGAGCAAAAGCUGCGUCCGGCGAUGGAUCCUGGUGAGCUCUUCACCUGUCAGGAUUCGCGUAUUUUUGUGCGCGCUCGCCCGAUCGUCGCACAUGACAUGGAAGAUCCAAACAAUCAGAGCAUUGUGCAGAAAGUCGAUGACAACAGAGACCUCGUCGUGAUGACGCCGAAAAUAUCGCUUUCUGGCGAGUGCACAAUUGAUCCGUGCGUUGUCACGCUUGACGGCGUGUUCGUGGGUGCCCGUGACGAUACAGAGCGAGUUUACCUAGAGUCAUGCGCCCCAUUGGUCUCUCUCUCCGUUAACGGCGCAUCUACGUGCGUGCUCUGUUACGGGCAGACAGGCAGCGGAAAAACCUACACAACCUCUGGUAUUUUUCGCCUUGUCGCCAUGGAUCUCGCGCCUGCCUUCGCCACUCAUGAUAUCCUCCUCACUGUUCUUGAAAUACAAGCACUCAAGAACAUUGACCUGCUCACUGGCACGGAUGUUCAGAUAGUGGAGGAUGUCUCAGGCGAGCUUAAGCUCUUGGGGACAGAGGCCUUUGAGUGCUCCAGUGCCGAAAUGCUUCUCGCCGCUUUUGAGGAAGCUGCCUCACAGCGGACAACGCGGUCAACGGAGAGAAACGAAACGUCGUCCCGUUCUCACAUGAUCGCUCGCAUCUCCAUUAUUUCGAAGGAGACGAAGUGGGCGAAGCCUGGCGAUUUGUUCAUCGUGGAUCUGGCCGGUAGUGAAAACACCGCCGACAGCGCAACUCAUGACAAAACUCGCCAAGCAGAAACCAAAUUCAUUAACACCUCUCUCAUGACACUGAAGGAUUGCAUUCGAUCCCGUGCUCUUGCGUCUUCGAGUACGCAGCACCUGCACAUCCCAUACAGGCGCUCGCCUCUUACGUUUCUUUUGCGCGACUGCUUUGAGAUCGCCGUGCGUCGCCCAACGAAGACAGUUAUGAUCGCCUGUGUCUCACCGCUGCUUCGAGACUCACGGCAUACUAUCAACACACUGCGGUACGCAUCGAUGCUUGCUGUGACACCACCAUCCAAAGUCCUGGCACCCGAUCCGAACGAUCCAAACAAUUACACGCGCGAGCACGCCCUCGACUUUCUUGUAAAAGUGUCGCAUGGAAACAUCACUGAGCCGGAGUACAUUUUGCCGGAGGGUGACGGGCGAACUCUCGUACACAUUCCAGAGGCGGAAUUUAUUCGCCGCAUCGUGGAGAGCCAUCCGCACAUACCCGAGAAAAAGGCGAAACUUAUUUAUACUGCCGUGUGGAAGCGUGUUGUCGACGCGCGCACCAAAGGUCGAAAGCAGAUGAUCGACGCAAAGCGGCAUAUCAAGGCACCCCGCUGCGCUAUGUAG